AUGUCGGGCAUUGACCAAGUACACAUACUACCAGAAAUCAUCGAGGAGUCUGAAAUAUCUGCCAUAUCCACCAAAGAUAAUCCAUCGGAAACCUUCAAGACAACAGAUAUCGCCAUGUCGAAAGCAAAUAAGCUCGAGGAGGAGCUAAAAGAUACCGCUGUACCAGCUGGCGAGCAGAUGCUAAUAUCAGAAUCCGUGAUCGAAUCAGAAACCACCACCGAUGUUGACAUCCCGUCCAGAGGAACCAAACGUCCUGCUGAAGAGAGUGUUAAUGCAAGUCAAAAGGCAGGGAAAGAGGACAACAAGGAGGAGGUAGAGGAGGUGGUGGAGGCGAUGGAGGAGGAGGAGGAGGACGUCGCUGCCACGGAUGGAGGAGAGCUCUCGAGAUGUGAAAGCAGAGCCCAAACUGAGGAUAACGGGCUUUUGGACUUGAAUAUGGACCCGGAACUAGAUGCGAUGGAUGUGACUGACCCGCUCCCAACUACGGAUAGCUCGAAUAUCGAUCCUCAUAUCCUCACCGACAGCGGCAAGAUCAGUUCAGACCAUGUAUCCCCUGCUGUAGUCUCAUCCGGUAUGGCCAAUAUCUCUCCGCCUGAUUCUCCACCCUCCUCGUCUAGUAGUCCGCCAUCAUCGUCUGUCCGCGAUGCUAUUGAGAGUGUGUGGAGCUCAAGACCGCCAUAUGCGGACAACUCCGCGUAUAUGAAACCUCGACCAUACAAGUCUCGUAGGGUUUCUGAGCCUAGUGUUUACGAGGCUGCCAGACGCAAAAGAAUCAUACAAAAUGAGCGGAGUGUCGCCAGGAAGAAACUCGAGAUGAUGCUGUUUUUGGAGCAAGUCGACUGUCAUAUGAGAAUGCUGGCGGCGAGGAAGGCCAGUGAAAACAGGAAAGUCGUGGAGGGCGGGGAGGGCGGGGAGAGAGGGCCCGGAAGGGCUAACUCAGUGAAGCAAGAAGAUGAUGAUGGGGAGGAUAAAAUGGAUUGUACAGUGGACGAGCUCUUUAAUCCACACAAAGCGGAGGGGGAGGCUUUCAAGAGGGCUCGUUUCCGGCGGCUGGGUCGGUGUAAGUCGAUGCCUCACAUCUCCAACCAAGAGGUUACAACUGCUGUUUCGACGACAAUGGCUUUGGGUCUGUUUGUAUGA